AAUUCAUAUAGAUAUUUUUGUUGGUUUUAAUUAAUUCCAGUUCUAAACAUGGUUGAAUCUAACUGUCAUGUUAUUGCUUUGAAGGGAAAUCACUUUGCAGUUUCCGUCAGUGCAGCAAAUAUGGCGCGUUGUUCUUAUUAUGGUUGCUUGCUUUCAUUGGCAAUACUGCUACUUGUAUUUAACUUAUCUUACUCGCAAGGUCCCUUGGAAAAUGGAAAUCAUAUCAAAUCUGCUACUUUCCUGUCACCGAAGUUUGUAUUGGGACCAGGAUCAGUUGAGAACAGAAAUUACUACAAUAUUGACUUCCCAAAAGGUCAUAUUGCUCUCAAAAGCUUUAAUGCUGAAGUAAUUGAUGAAGCUGGGAAUCCUAUUCCUCUUCAUGAAACUUAUCUUCACCAUUGGGUUGUUGCUAGAUACUAUCAUCGUAGGGUUGCUUCAGCUACUGAGAAGAGUCACCCAUCAGAUGAUAUUUUUGCAGGGAAUAGUGGAGUGUGCCAGGGUAGUGUUCUCAGACAGUAUUUUGGCCUUGGAUCAGAAACACGAAAAACAGCAACGCAUGUUCCUGAUCCUUAUGGAAUAGAAAUUGGUAAUCCUACUAAAAUUCCUGCAGGGUACGAGGAGAGAUGGAUGCUAAACGUCCAUGCCAUCGAUAGUCGGGGUGUCGAAGAUAGGUUGGGAUGCAUCGAAUGCAAAUGUGACCUAUACAACGUCACAGUGGAUGAAAAUGGUAAACCUUUGAGGCCGGAUUAUAAAGGAGGUUUAAAUUGUUGUUAUGACCGCACACAGUGCAGAUUAAUACCAGGUUUUGAGGGUGUCGAGAGGACCCUCUACCUGAGGUAUACAGUGAAGUGGGUCGAUUGGGAUAGUUCAAUUAUCCCAGUCAAAAUCUUUAUAUUUGAUGUCACUGAUACUGGAAAGAGAAUUAAUGGCUCAACAGAAGUCAGUCCAGAGAGUGGCUGCCAGAUUGAGUAUGAAGUUAAGCCUUGCAAUGGCUCUGGUGUUGGUGUUGAUGGAUGCAUUGACAUGAAAAGGACAAGCCUCACCAUGCCCACUGGUGGUUACGUCAUCUAUGGUGUUGCCCACCAGCAUAUAGGAGGAACUGGUUCAACUCUCUAUGGACAGGAUGAACGUGUUAUAUGCAGUUCGAUACCGACCUAUGGAGAAGGAAAAGAAGCAGGAAAUGAGGCUGGUUACAUCGUAGGAAUGUCCACUUGUUAUCCUAAACCAGGCUCUGUCAAGAUUGCAGAAGGGGAGAAUCUAAUUCUGGAAUCUAAAUAUAGCAGAACACAAAUGCACACCGGAGUUAUGGGGCUCUUCUACAUUUUGGUUGCAGACCAAAUACCAAAUAAUAAAUGAAGAACUGAAAUAAUCCAGUGGGCAGCUGUCGGGACUAGCAAUAACUGUUGCCGUUACGCUCCGAUCUCAGAUAAAGAGAAGAAUAAGUGAUGGCUGUCAACCAAUUACACAUGAGUGUGGAGGCUUACCCAAAAUAAUGCAAAUGUCUGUGUGCAUUAGUCUUUUUUUUUCUUUUGGUCAAAUGUGUGCACUAGUCUUUUUGAGUUCUUAAUUCAAAGCUAUUAUAUGUUUGUGUAUGACAAACUCGUUGGAGCAAUCAAUUGGAAAUCAAUGACAUUGGAGUC